UCCAAGAUUUGGAGGUGUGUACACUGCGUUUGUCAUCGUUUGUAAACAUGAAGACUACGGCAAGCGUGUCGACCCUUCUUGUGAUGUUCGUGAACGCUGUUGCGGCAGCGCAGCUCAACACAGCAAUAAAAAACAACUAUGCAGAUCCAUACGGUCUCAACAUCAUCGGCCACUGGUCAGCAAAGGUUGAACUGAAGGGAUGUAAGAACAUACAGUUUGGGCUGUGGGGGCCGACCAAGUCAACAUCCAAUGGCUACAACAUCGAUCUGAAUAAAGACACCGGUGGACAGUAUUUCUCGGCAGUCAGGAAAAUAUGCUCUGGUUGCCCAGGGACACCAGAGUCUCAGGUGAACCAGGGAGGUUCCUUCUUCACGUGCGACUCGACCUUUCACCCCUACUGGGUCAGCUGGGACCAGUGCACCAUCAGGAUGGGCAAGGGGACAGUCAUCGGUGGCCAGCAGAUCAUCAGUUGGUCGGACGCUGAUAUCAUUGAGGUCAAGUACAUUAGUGUCGGGGCAUCGGACGGAUCAAAUGUAGUCUCCAUGCGCUUUGACCAAACGACUAACAAUGCAACUGUCGACACCGUUCAAAACUGCGAGGAGCUGACGUGUGCUGCCCAGAGUCGACCGGCGGUGUCCUCAGGGUUCCUGCCCUUUGUGUUCCAUAUGUCCGGUGUAGGGAAGAUGAUCAACAACGCUGACCACGUCAUCUUCCAGGAAACAGGGAUGACCACCAAGGAGUGCAACUACAAGUGUCUCUGCACCACUGCUUGCAUCGGGUUCAGCAUCUCCACAACAGGCACCUGCAAACUGACCGACAAGUGUGUUCCAUCACUUGCGUAUGAAGCAGGCUCCAAUGUCUACACGCUUCAAUCCUUUGGUAGUCCAUUGGUCUCCACUGAUUAUGUUAUGUCAGUGGGAGGUGAUGUAUAUGAUUAUUUUGUAGGAUAAAGCACGACUCCGAGGUUAUGGUCGGGAAAGUAAGACCUCGGCAAGAGGGUAUCGGCAAGGUAAGAUCGAGGCGCGAAGCGCCGAGGUCUCACCUUGCCGAUACCUGAGAGUCCCGACGAUAACCGAGGAGGAGUACUUUAUCCAACUUAUAAACCGUAAAAACAGCGUUAAUAACAUGUUUUCAGUUAUUCGCUACGGUAUUAUGCUUCGCUUAACGGUAUUUAGGGGUACAACGAGGAAUGGGCGAUUUCUCGUCCGCACCGUUAGUCACGUGACUUUUUGCACGAGCUUUUCGUGGGCACUACCUAGUGGCACAUUCACGCUGAAUGCAGUAGCCUAGCGGUACACGAUGGACGACACGGAUAAUGAUUUUAUUUCACGUGUAACUUCUGAAGGUAUUUAAAAUAUUCUAAACACGUUUAAAGGUGUUUACAUUCUAAACAUGUGCGGGCGAUCGGGUAGCCUAGUGGUUACAGCGUUCGCUCGUCACGCCAAAGACCC